CUAAUCACAAUCUAAACUACUUAGACAAAAGUUCGUUUAAUCGGAAUUUCGCAAGCAUUUAUCUGCGAAAACGAACUGUAAAGAUUAGAUAAAGAUAUGUCUCUGAAAAGAUUUGAAUAAUUUACAUAAUAAUCUCAACUUAUUGACCAAAAAAAAAAAAAAAUUAAUCAACAUUCUAUCGUUUUAAGCAUCAAACACGGAAAUGUUUAGGUCUACCGUUCUAAAUUAUUUCAGAUCGCCUGCAUUGUGGUUUUUGGGUCACAUACUAUUAGCGAGCAGCGAGUGUAAUGAAUGCUCGUCCGUAAAUAAUUUAGCUUGUGUUUCGCAAACGCAAUUUCAAGUUUGCGUAAACGGUCUGCCACAGGGUACGGUGACCUCAUGUCCUACCGGGUUUGCGUGUUCAACGAGUACGGCGAUAAUUUGUCAACCUAAUCAAGUGGGAUUUUCAGCAUCGUGCAGCAAUUGUAAUCAAUGUGAUGACUCUAAAACAUUUGCCUGCACUGGUGUGCGUACCUACGCCUUGUGUCUGGGUAAUACAUUUCCUUCAGAUAUAACUGGCAGCUGCGCUCCUUUCCAUGUGUGUAACAUUAAUUAUCCACAAAUUUGUGGUAAUGCUACUACUGGAAUAAGUCCCACUUGUCCCACUGCCAACGCAGCAACCGAAACUAGCACAGCAUCACCAACACAACCAACACCACCAGUAUUGCCAUUACCUGCACCAAGGCCCACAACGAUACCGCCUGGUGUCAUAACGAAUUAUGUUCAAUUUUUUUGUCAAUCUGUACGCAGUAAUACGCGUUUUCCUUUACCACGCGAACUCGAUGCUACAUGUCGUAGGUACAUUUAUUGUUUUUUAAACAAUGGCGUUUGGUCUGGCCAAGUUUACACUUGUCCGGGUAAUACCUUCUUUAACCAACCCAUGCAACUUUGCAGUAGUCAAAGACCUAUAAAUUGCUAAAUAUGCGAAAGCCUUUUCUAUAAGA